AGUUUCAGAUACCAAGCUUAAAAGACGGUGAGUUGUUGAUCUCUGAUGUAAAGAGCCAUUACAUCGCAACAUUGACAAGGGAAACCGUCGGAAUUCCUCCCUAGCGAUGGCAAGCGGGAACAACACUAAUGAGUUGGCUCAAUCUCUUCAAAAUACUUCACUGCCUGCAAAACCUGAAAAUGAAUCAAAAGAUACAGCUUAUAAAAGAACCGAAAAUGUUGCGAACACUAUUACAGUUGAAAAACAGGUUGUUUCCAGAAACUUGCUGUUAGAUAAUAAAGUUGAAAACAAAGAUGAGGCAUUCGGAGGUGCAAAGCCAAAACGAGGCAACUGGAACAGCGAUCGACAGAAAACAAACAGCAGUCGUAGACGGGGAAAACAAACAUUUUGGUAUGAACGGCAGUAUUCAAUAUCUGGAAACAAAGAUCGCGAGGCUAGUAAAGCAGAACAAAACAAAGACACUCGACAAAAACCAACAUACAGUGAAAGUACGAGUUUCGCCUACGAAAACUCUGAGCGACGAAAUUCAGCAUCUGAAGAUAAAGGCAACUUCUUAGACAAGCGGAUACCAAUCAAGGCCGACGUGACGAAAUUGGAGGGCACAACCAAAAAUAUACUACACAGAACACAGCUUUUGAACGAACGAAUAGAAGAGUCCUUGUACGAAUCAGGUGUAAGGGUGGUUAUAAAAGAAGGUGAUGAAGUUGACGAUUUAUUGAUGACUGAUAAAUACCGAGCCUGUAACAUCAAGGAGAACGAGUCUGCUGCAAAAUCCUUAACGAAAGAAGAGGUUCAUAACGUUUUGUCUCAGUACGGACCAGUGGAGCAGAUAUGUCAUACUACAGGAAAAAAGGGCAUAUUUUGGGGAAAAGUAACAUUCACAAAUGAAAGUGAUGCUAAAGCAGCUGUAACUUGCAUUAGGGAAGAGGCUGAUAGAUUGUUUACUCUCGUUCCAAUUACCUUUUCUGCAUAUAGACCAAUCCGACAACAAGAAAUAACAAUGAAGCUUAGCUGGACACGUCGUCAAGGAAAAGGAAUAUGUUACGUGUGUUGUAACAGAACGGAAGACGUUUCGCUCUUACUGAGGUCGAAGAUAACGGUAUUGGACGAGGUUGUUACUACCCGACUGUCCAAACACCGCCAAGGUGCAAAACCGUCAGAUAUCUGCAUAAAGGAGCUAACUUUGACUGUUUCCGAGGAAGCAAUUAAAAAAGGUCUCGCAAAUGCACUUGGUGAUGAGGAUACUACAGAUCGUUUCAGCGUUUUUAUCCCGCGAGAAAAGUGUACUCUUCGAACAAAUGAGUUUGAAUUGGUACAAAAAGAGUUGACAGGACUGUUGUCAAAGUUGUCCAAACCGGGUGCCUUUCAACUGUAUGUACGAGAGUACAAAGAACAAACAGUAACCUCCUUCGCACUUGCCACGUUCAAUGACCCAGAAAUGUGUAAAGAUGUUGCUCACAAGAUAAAUGAUGGAUAUGGUUAUAUCAGUGGCUGCAAAGUACGCGCGGAAGUUGAAUACAAGGCAUCUGUGCAUGUAAAGCGUUUCUUGUUUGAUCUUUUAAAAGAAGACAUUAAUGAAAAAGUGGAAAUGUAUCGAACACUUUGUCGGUCCACAACGGUCGAAAUAAGGCUCCUCAAAUCUGGCAACUAUUCGUUGGAUAUAAAGUCCACUUCUUUACAAAACCUUGCAAAGGAAAAAGUUUCACUAGACAAACUUGUUCAAGGCGAAGAGUUGAAUGGAGAUGCUAUUCACAACAUUCAAGCGUUAUUUAUUGCUGACAAUCGUGCAACGAAAAUGAGAAUCGAGAGGUCCACUGGUGCGAUCAUACUUAUAGAUAAAAGGCGCACGCAGAUUACUGUCCAAGGAAGUACAACUGCAAAAGAUAGAGCGGUAGAACUCAUAAGAAGAGAAGUUAGAAGGAUAGAGAGUCAGUGCUUAGAUGGAUAA